AUGACCGAGGACGGGAGCAAAAUGGCUUCGGCGUCUGGCAGCAACUCGCUCUUCGCCCCGGGUGUGAUACUGCGGGUGCAGUACGCCAGUUACCUCUUCGUUGGCCUCAUCGCCACGAUGCUCCUGCGCGGGUCUCUUGCGGGUGCCUUCAGCAAUAUCUCCAUCCUUAAAAAAGGCUGCGAAUUCGCCACCAGCGCCUCGAGCGACUUCUGCACUGCAGAGGUGCUCGUCUACCGCGUCAGCUUUGCGCUGGCGGUGUUUUUCUUUCUGCACCUGCUCUCCGUCUCUGACCUUACGUGCUGCGUUUCCAGCGAGGCACGGGCGGAGUUUCAGCGGCGCUUUUUCUACGCAAAAUCAAUUCUUCUUGUGGGGUUGUUUGUCGCCACUUUUUGGAUUCCAAACAGCUUCUUCGGCAUCUACGCCUACGUAUGCCUCUUUGCCUCCGCGUUGUUUCUCCUGCUCAGCGUCGUCUUCCUCGUGGAUUUCAGCUAUCAGUGGAGCGAGGAUUGGGGGCGCCGGAGCGAUGCGGCCCCGAAGUGGAUGUGGUACCUGCUGGGCAUGGCGGUCCUCUGCUACUUGGGGGGCGUUGGCGUGAACGUUGCCGCGUUCGUCAUGUACGUCCCACACGCGGACUGCAACUACAAUGCGUUUGCAAUCACCAGUGUGCUCGUGAGCGCCCUCGUUUUCACCGUACUGUCCAUUUGGCUUCCACAUGGCUCGAUUGUUCCCAGCGGCAUCGUAUUUCUGUACACCAGUUCCGUCAUGUUUUUUACCCUUCGCACUGGCACGGAUGUGCACUGCAACCGCAUUGCUGUGCCCGAGGGCGAGGCCGGCUCGCUGAAGCAGCUGCUCAUCGCGAGCGUCGUCAGCAGCUUCGCACUCGGCUACAGCGUCGUGUCUUCCGGGGGCAACGGCAGCGCACUUGGCAUCGGCCGCACCGAGGACGGCGAGGAGGAGGACCCUGACGAGGUUGGGCACCUGAGCCAAUACAUGUUCUUUCACACCACGAUGGUGCUGGGCGCGAUGUACCUUGCGAUGCUGGCCACCGGGUGGCGCGUGGGCGGCUUAGGCGAGGAUGCCCUGCUGGGAAGCAUCAACGUCGCCUUUUGGGUGCGCACCGCGACCGUGUGGGUGGCGGUGCUGCUGUACGUCUGGUCCCUCCUGGCGCCGUACUUUUGCUGCAGAGACCGCGACUUCGGCUACAGCGUGGAGGACUGGUGA